ACAUCUCGCGGGAGUGAUCGCGGGAACAUGGCCGACUACAAAGAAUUUACAUCGAUGUGAUUAGGUUUAACGUGAAAUAGUGAUGUGUUUUAAGUUUAAUACGACAAAAUGAAACGGUAAAAUUGCAGAUAAGCAACCUAGUUCAAUAAUCACUGAAUUUAAUGCACUAUUGUUUGGGUUACUGCACACAUUUCACCAAGAAUUAUGUUGUACUGACUCGAUUUGAAGCCAUUUUCUUAGCAUUUGCAUCAUUUUUUAAAAAGACAAUUUAGGAUUUAAACACGGCCUGGUGUUUGGCUAUUAAUUUUUAAUUAAGUUAGGUUUGGAUUAGGACAAUCCAUGCAAUUUACUUGUUUGUGACAUAUUGUUAUCUUUAUGUGUUAAUUUUUUGCAUCGACAAAAAGUAGAUCCAAAAACAACAAAAUGACUGAAAAGAUCCAAUACAAACCUGGUGAUAAGAUCUUUGCCAAGAUGAAAGGCUAUCCACAUUGGCCAGCCAGAAUUGAUGAAAUACCAGAGGGAGCAGUAAAACCGCCAAAGGGAAAAUAUCCAAUCUUUUUUUACGGUACACACGAAACUGCAUUUUUAGCUCCUAAAGAUAUUUAUCCAUAUGAAAAGUUUGUAGAUAAAUAUGGAAAACAGAAUAAAAGAGGUGGAUUUAAUGAAGGCUUAGAAGAGAUCAUAAAAAACCCAAAUGUUAAAUUUCAAGGAAAUAAAAGUACUGAUGAAGAAGGAAUGGAAGAAGAAGAAAUUGGGGAAGAAGAAAAAGAUGUAAAGGAGGAAGAGGAGGAAGAAGAAGUAGUUAAAUCUAAAAAGAAAGCCAAAGGUGGGCAAAGUCGAAAAAGAAAAAACAGCAUGGAUACAGAUAAAAAGCAGAAACCUAAGAAAAGAGCAAGGAAGAUAUCUAAAUCAUCAUCUAAAGUAUCAGAAGAUGAAGAAAGUGCUGAAGAAGAUUUUGAUGCAGGUUCCUCUUCAUCUAAAGAAGAUUCUAAUGAUGAGGAUUUUCAUAUGGAGGAUGAUAAAAAGAUAAAGGGUAAAAAAGGAAAAAAGAGAGUAAAAGAAGCUAAGCAUGUAAGGAAGAAGUCUGCUAAAUCAGAGGAAUCAUCAGAAUGUGAUGUUAGUACAGAUGAAGAAGCAGAAAUAGUGAAAAAGCCCAAGAAAGAAACCAAGCCAAGAAAACCCAAAACACCCGUCAAUAGAGCUCCAAAAAAAGGUCGAUCAUCAACUGGUGGUAAUAAAAAGAAAGUAGAGACUGUUAGUGAUAGUAUUAGUUCUGAUAGUGAUAGUGAAGAAUCUGAUGGUAUUAGCAGUUGGAAGAAAAGAGAUGAAGAAAAGAAAAAGGAAAUUCAGAAAAAACUUAAAGAAGAAGCAGAAAGGCGAGAAAAAGAAGAGGAAGAAAGAAUGAAUGUAGCUAGAGAAGAGUUAUUAAGAGAAAGAGAAAAAGAACAAAAAGAUGAAGAAGAAUCACAUUCUGAUAAAAAGAGAGAAAGAAAGAAAAAGAAAUUUGAAGAUUUUGUUGAUGAUGAAGAUGAGAAGGAAAGAAAGAAGAAGAAAAGAGAAAGUUUAGAAAAAUUGAAGAAUGCUAAAUUAAAGGAUGAAGAUGAUGAAGAUAAACAAGAUAAAAAGAAACGCAGAUCUUCCGUUAAAGUGGAAAAGCAAAAAAAUAAAAAAGAACAUGAUAAAACUAGUACUAAAGAUAACAAGAGUAAAAGAACUAAAAUAGUGAGUGAGAGUGAAAGUGAAGAAGAAAAAAGUCCAAAAAAAUCAAAAGACAAAUCUAAAAAACGUGAUAGCAAUGAAUCGAACCAGUCAUCUUCAUCUGCUGCUAAAAAAUCUAAAGUUAUUGAAAGUGAUGACGAGAGAGAAGAAAAGGCAGAAGAGAAGGAGAAUUCAAGUAAAGAAUCAAAGGAAAUAGAAGAAUCUGAGAGUAAAGAUGUUCAAAAUGAAUCCGGCAAUACUAGUAUUACAGAUAAUAAAACAACACAUAAUAAAGAUGAUGUUGAAGAAAGUAAAGAUGAUAAUCAGCAUACGAAAUCACCUCAGAUUGAGAAAGAAACAGAAAAGGUAGAAAUAAGUGAAAAAGAUAAAGAAGAAGAAGAAAGAAAGAGGAAAGACAAAGAGAGAAGAUUACAAGAGAAAGAAGAGGAGAAAGAAAGGAAAAAGAAACUGAAAUAUGAACAGAAGAAAAAGGAAAAGAAAGAAAAAGUGCAUUUUGAACAAACCGAAACAACAUUGAUACAGAUGGACCUUGAAAUUAAGAAAUCAUUACAGAUUGAUAGAACGGAUGUAGAUAAAUGUGUAGCUAUCAUGGAGGAUUUAGAAACUUUACCAGUCAAUCAAAUAAUGCUGAAGAAAAAUCCUGACAUUAUGAAUACUAUGAAAAAGUGUCGUAAAUAUAAAGGAAGUGAUAGAAUAAAAGAUAAAGCUGAAGUUAUUUAUAAUAAAUUUAAAGCAUUAUUUUUAAUGGGAGAUGUAGAGAUGCCACAGGUUUCUGAUUACAAGAAAAAAGAAAAGGGUGAGAAGGAAAUGAAAGAGAGAGAAAAUAAAGAAAAUGAAUUAAUUAAAAAUAUUACAGAAGAAAGUCAGUCUCCUAUAGAAAAGGAUAAUAGUGUUGUUGAUACAACUAUAACUAAUGGUAGUGAUAUCAACCUAGAUUCAACUAAUACACCAAAACUUGUAGAUACUGUGAUAGGUGGUUCAGAUAUCACUAAAACUCCUAAUGUGAUUCCAGGUUUAGAUAUUAUACAGCCUGAUAUAAAUACAAUAGAACAAUCAGUGGACAAAACAAUUACCGAAAAUAAACAAAAUACAGAAUUAUCCACAGAAAGUAUGAGUGAACCUUCAGUAGAUAAAAAUGUGGAACAAUCGGUUAAGGGUACAGUUGUUGACACAGGUAAUGAAAGUGUUGAACAACAGUCUGUUGAUAGUGUUGACGCUGCCAUUGUGACUCCUGUAGAAAAUAGUGUGGACUCGACUUUAAUUGAUGUUCAAAAGAAUAAUUUAUCCGAUAUAGAAAAAGUUAUUGCAAAUCCUUCUCAAGAGUUACGUUCUGUUAUUUCUGAGGAAGCGAUCAGUGUAUCGGAGACUAAGAAACAACCAUUUACUUCAGAUGUUGUGCCAAAUGCUAGUCCAGUUGUUCCUAAUCAGGAUGCCUCUAUGUCCGAUACGACGAUAGGUACAAACGAUCAGGUAGAACCAAUGGAGGAAGGGGAAUACGGUUCACAAUCAAAUACUGUGUCAUCUUCAGAUGCCGUGCCAAGCAUCGUACCAAAAACAACUGUUCCUCACAUAAUUCCAUUUUUUGAACGUCAAACGGUAGCGUCUGAUAAUGAUUCUAAUCCCCAGCCAUUUGUUUCUCCUGAUAGUCGUUCACAGUUACCGCUUCCAGAUGUAUCAACUGAAGAAGAAUCCAAUAUGGAUGAAACAGAUGAUUAUAUUGAACCUAAUGAACGUCGAGAUUUGAAUGCAAGAAUAGCUGAGAUCAUGCAAGGAUCGACAAAAUCUACAACAAAAGACAGUCCUUAUUCCAAAGAUAUAUCUCCUGUAAAAGGAGGAGGUGGUGUUGGUGGUGAAGGACCCAGUGAUAGUGAGGAAGUUAUGGAUGAUGAUGAGUUACAUAGUUUACUGGGUGUAUAGAUACAUGUGUUAUAAAUGAGUGUAUAAUAGUAAUCAUAGUUAUCAUUUUACAUAAGUUGAUAAACUUAAUAUAUAUAUAUAACAGUGUGUAAGAAAUGCGAAAUUUUAAAUUUCAUAAAGAUGAAGAUUGAUGGAUGAUUUAUUGUUAUAAAAAUUACAGCAUAAACUGGAUGUAUGUUAAUAAAUUGAUCCGUACUUACUAACACUGAUGUGAUGAAUAUAUUGUAAAUUUGUUAUAAAGUACAUUUAUGAUACUAAGACUACUAAGAGUACACUAUGUUCAUUGAUUGGAAACUACCAGGCACGAUAUUACUACGGUUUCUAUCGUGCAGCCUGGUGGUACACCACUAAGGCGCCCAAUAAAAUAAUAGUGUAAAUUUCCACUGAGUUCAGUCAGUGAUAAUAAGUUAACAUCAAUGUCAACUGUAGGGGGAAGCCAUUGUGGCUCAGUAAGAAUUGCACUGGCUUACCUGCUAAGAGAUCUUGGUAAUGGCUGAGAGAGUUCCUCAGGAUUUUUCAGCUUGGUAGAACGGAAAGCUUGUCAAUGAAUAGCGGCCUAGUCGUUUGGAUGCGACAAAAAAACCCAAACAAACAAGGUCCCGUGUACAUGUGGGCGUGCACGUAAAAGAACCUGGGUUAAUGAAAAAAUUAGUCAGAUCGGGUCUAAGAAUAAUUUCUUCAGUAGUGUCAUCGCCCCAUUCACACAGCAUUUGUAAUUUUAAACAUAGCGGUUAUUUGUAUGUCAGUCCAAAAAACUUAAAACAGCAUGAGUGCUCUUUUUACAACAAAAAUUACAGUAUUAUGAAUCUAGCAAAAGUCAAUUGAUGCUUGAAAGAAAAUAAUUCAAAAUUUCCAUGGCCAUCUUGAAUUUUUUUGUACCUCAAAAUUGGGACAAAAAUUCGCAGAAACUAUUCAGAUAAUUUUAAUGAAAUUUUGUAUGGAAAUAAUUGUAAUGUAAUUGUGUUAAAAAUAAAUUUGGAAAAAAUUACAUAAAAAUCGGAAACAAACUGUAGUUGAUUGAUUUUUUAUACAGAUGCAACAAUAUUUGAAGAUAUUUCUGUAAUAAACCAACUCAGUGGUCUACAAAAGGCUAAGAGAUUGGUCAAAUACUUUCUAAAAAACCUUUGUUUGAGGUACAUGUGUAAAAGAGUCACUCACUCAUGUUCAAAACAUCGGGGGGUUAAGAAAUGAUUAUUGUUGCAUACAUGUAGAUAGAUAAAAAUAUAUUUGAAUUAAUGUAAGCAAGAUGAUUAGAUUUCAAUAUGAUGUUUAAUAAUUUCUAUGUAUGCUAUCUUUCAACAAAAAUCCAUGAAUGAGUACAUGUAAUUACCUGAAUAAUCAUUGAUAUAUUCUAGUAUUAUCAACAUUAACCUUUGUAGGAAUGAUAAUGAUACUAGUAGUUCCUGUCAGUUCUAAAUUUACAUAGAUUUCAAGCUUUUAUAAGCCUCAAUGAUCCAAUGUUGCUACAACAAAUCAUGUAAUUUCCAUCUGAGUUUAGAAUGGGUUGAAUACAUUUUGGAUUUAUAAGAUGGUGAUAUGAAUAUGGAUAUUUGAACUUGAUGUAAACUGCAUUAAAACUAAAAACAAAGCAAUUAUCUGUAUUGUCUCCAGGUAAUUUUAAGGGAUUGGCAUAAUAGGGGGUGGGGAGGAGGGUGUCAGUUAAUUAGUUAUUGGAAACAGAACAAACUAGUUCUACUUAGUAUUGAAUACUGGAGCUAUCGUGGAUUCAAGCUAUAAUAGCCUACUUUCAAUUUACCAGAGUAAAAACAAUUUCCAAAACAAUACAAUGAUGAAAAUUAAUUGUAAGAUAACUUCGAAAAUCUUUUAAAGGUAGUUUACUUUAUAUGUGUAUGCUUUGUCGUACACUAUGUUAUAAAGUUAUUGCAUUUGUCUUUAGUGUAGUAAAAUGUAUUGUGAAAUAAAUGACAGUCCCCAGAAUGAAAUUUUUCAAAUUUUAACAGAUCACCUCUCAUUGUGUUGUAAAUUUCAUGUAGGCAAAAGUUUCAUGUACAUAUAUACACAUUUUGAAUUUUAUAUAUUAACAUGUACUGCUGAACAAACCUACAAAAGAUUAUGAAAUAAUAUUUUUGAUUGAAAUAUGUUAAGAACAUGGAACCAUUCAUCAUAACACUGUGUAAAUUAUUGCAUGGGUCAACUAAAAUCCUAAUAUAAAAUUAAAACCCUGUUCUUUUAUUAUUAAACAAGUUACUUGUAUAAAUGUUUUCCAGGAGAAUAUUAGGCAAAAAAAAACACACCAUGGGUUCCAGCUUGACCAUAUAUGCCAGUCGUGACUGCUUGAGUUAAAGUGUGGGUUAUCAAAAAUGUCCCUCUUUCCAAUAUUUCAGCAUAUAUUUGUCGUCCCAUUUCCAUAGAACUUUGGUAUACGUCAAAAAGAGAACACCUACAAAGAAGGCAAUUCAAUUUGUGCUGCAAACAAAUCAUAAAUCUUCUAAACUAAAAUAUCUCACAUACUGGGUAACAAUAUUUAUAUGUCCAUACAUUACAGUCACCCCUGUUCACGGAGAAGCCUUUUGAUUUCAAGACAUCCUAUAAUUACUUUCAGGGUUAUUGCCCUUGGUUACUGAACAAUCUUCUGACUAUUAAGUUACCAUUUGAUUGGCUUCAUAUUCAAAUCCAUAAUUUAUUUUUAUGGUUAAAGUUAUCAACCAUUAUGUUGAAUUUAUGUGUUGUGUACUUUGUUGGUGGUUACUUUUAGUAAGAAUCAUAAUGCAGCUACAUUUAUGGUUUGGUGUACUUUUUGUUUCAUGUUCAGACUAGUUCAGUGUCCAUUUCACAAAGCAUAUGUAAGACAUCUGUACACAUCAAACAUUUAACCAUAGAACUAUUGAUUUCAUUGUAAAUAACUUGACAGAUUCUUCCUGCAAUAGACCCAUGGUUAGCUUUAAGGAUUGUCUCAAUGAUUCAAGUAAAAUAUAUUUUAUAUUUCUGUGAAAAUUUAUGCACCAAUAAAGGUCAAUAGAUUAAGGUCCCCUUUUGACUGAAUUUCAUGCUUUGCAUCCAUCCUUUGGCUUGCCUAUAAAUAAUUAGUAUCUAAAGAUAAGAACGACCAGUGCUUUUGAUCAAGUUAUUUGUAUUCUAAAGACUUGUGAAUUGUUAAUAAUUUUUUAAUCAUGACAUAAAAUGGUUGUCUGUGUUUCAGCUUUGUGGAACAUUGUAUAUUUCAAGCAUCUAGAUGAAAUAAAAUAAAUUAUAACAAAAAUUUG